CUCUCAGUAGGAUGCACUGAUAGUAAAAGAGCAUAUAACAUUAAACUUGCUUGAUGAUAGCAAUCGAGUUGAGAGUGUUCAUUCUUACUCUUUUAUAGUACUUAUUCAUUGUUCUCAUGUCCAUAUUUCAAGUGCAACAGUAGUAUAUUCCUUUAUUAAUUCGUACACAGUGUGUGACCUCAUUUUAGGGUUUUAUUAAUUACAUUCGGAGAAGAUAAAUAAGAGCAGGAUCUGAGUGCGCUGAACAUCACAGUUAUAAAAAAUGAUGAAAAAAUGUCAAUUACAAUAGCAAUUGUAUUUAUGGGAUUUUUCGAAGCUAGUCGAUCGCAGUACCUAACCAACACUGUACAUAAGACCCCCGCUGCAGCGGAGAAGAUAAAUGACCUCUGGUGCUUUUCCUGCAACGCGACCGAGGAUGGCGAGGCGUGCAUCGAACUAUCCGGAAAUAACUCGUCCUUUAUGAAAAAGUGCUUUGCAGACGAGUUCAUCUGCAUGGUCAAGCAAUUCUCCUAUACAACGCACACCAGCAACUCGAACGUAUCGGAACCGAAGCUGUGGUCACUUGAGCGAAAGUGCAUCAACACAUGCGAACCGGGAUGCAUAAUCAUAGGCGAACGAACCAAAUUAUACGCGUGCACCAGUUGCUGUAGCGGCGCGCUAUGUAACAUUGGCAAGGCCUGCUCGACCAAUGCCUACGCACAGUCCUCCAGACUCUGGUUGAUGGCGUUGGCUAGUGCCCUGGCGGGAGUAUGUAUCAAGCUGCAGUUUAUCCCCAACAGUUUUUUAAGAUAAGACGAAAAACAGCCCGUUUCUCCAUUACAACAUUCUUGCCAAAUAGUGUAUAGAUAAAGCUUUAGGAAACUAUUUAAAUAAAUUGAAUUCGAUUGAAGAAUGCACAUUUAAUGAUUACGGAAAUCAGUAAAUCACAAACCGUUCAAAUACUUCUUGCACCCACAAACUUCUUUUAGAAUAACAAUUUCAAUCCAUUUGAUCAUCUCCUUGAUCUAUGCCGUUUUCCAUUUGUUUUGACAGCUUUCAAUACUCAUCACAUAUAAGCAGUGACAGUUCUAUGUGCGUAUCUUCUUAGAAACUUGAGUAAAUACUAAAAUAAUAAAUCACGGGCCAAAUACGAUGUAAGAGUUGAAAGGGAAAAUAUUAUUAAAAUAGAAGAAAAACGCAAAAUAGGCUGUCAAUUUGUAUAUUUAUUUCCAGCACUAAAAAUGCAAAUAAGAAUGGUGAUGUGUAUGCAGUUUAUUUCCGAUGUAGCUUAUUGAAUUCAAUAAAGUUUUAUCAAAACAUUA